CUACUUAUUGGAGCUAUGAGUAUAUUACUCGCAGCUGCAUCAUGCUGCAAAGCAAAUCUAAAUGGUUCCAGACCUCAUCCAGGAGUUAGAACCGUCAUCGCAUUUUUUGCUUUGAUUUUCGUCGUUGAGUCCGUAUCUUGCACAUCGCCAGCAGGUCCCGAUGGAUUUGACGGAGCUCAAGUUUGGAGGGUGUCCUUUAAAGACGCUGCAGGCCAGAAGGCAUUUGAAAAUAUGAAGAAACAGUUAUCUGCCCAGGUUUUUCGUCAUACGAAAUCAAAUGUCGACUUCCUCGUUGGAGCGUCAAAUUUAAACAAAGCAAAAGAACUUCUUGCGUCUUCAAAAUUGGACUACAAAGUCUUGACAGAUGACUUCGGCAAAAGUAUGAAAGCUGCAGAUCCCAAAAUGACAACACUUGAGGGAGGGAAGUACCAAAGCAAGCAGAGAAAAUACAAACUGACUUUUAAGCACUAUCAUGGUGUGAAAGAUAUACACGGUUACAUGGAUUAUCUAGCGGAGAAUUACAAAGCAUUUGUGAAAGUAGAGUCGAUCGGGCAAACAUAUGAAAAAAGAGAAAUGAAAUUACUAACCAUUACCAACGACCAAAACGCACCAUACUUUUGGAUAGAUGCAGGUUUUCACGCAAGAGAAUGGCUCGCUCCGACCACUGCUCUGUACAUAAUGCGGGAGCUGGUUGAACGCAAGGCCAAUCUGAGCGCUGCACUGAAAAAAUUGAAUUAUUACAUCAUACCAUUGAUAAAUCUGGAUGGCUAUGAGUACACCCGCACAGAAAAUCGGAUUUGGCGAAAGAACCGACGACCCGGUCCCAAGGGUAUCAAAGAAAAGUGCUUCGGCGUCGAUUUGAACCGCAACUUCGAUAUGCAAUGGGCUUUUGGCGGCGAUGAAGGCUCCAGCUCUGACCCCUGUAUGGAAGACUACCGAGGGACCAAAGCAGAUUCCGAGGCUGAAACCCAGGCGAUUAUAAAGUUCUUAUCGAGCAAAAUUACUAAACUUAAGGCCAUGGUAUCAUUCCACACGUACAGUCAGCUGAUCCUGUAUUCUUACGGUUACAAGACAAAAGAGUUUCCUCCGAAUGAGAAGGAACUACACCGGGUGGGAAUGGUGGCGAAACAGAGCAUAAUGAAGCUGACAGGCAAGAAUUAUACCGUGCAGGGUUCUGCUGAUUUGUAUCCGGCCGCUGGUAUCUCUAUCGACUGGGCUACGAAGAAAGGGGUGCCAUUUGUUUAUUGCAUGGAGUUGAGGGAUGAUGGAAAGCUUGGGUUCAUCCUUCCAGCCUCUGAGAUCAUUCCCACUGGCAAAGAAGGGUUUGAGCUCAUCAAAGCUGUCGCUGAUGCAAUAGGAAAGCCGCAAUCCAGACUUUAAUUUCACCAAAAUUUUGUCGCCUUAAAUUAAUUAUGCAAUGAAGAAUGUGAUAUUUAAUCCUUUUCGUGUUUCUCAGCAUAAAUGAGCUUUCAGCUCUAUUCCACCAACGUUGCAUUUAUUUGAAAGAAUCCUAUAAGUAUACUAUUUUUUCAAAGUG